GGACACUUAUUUAGGCAGUUAUUAAAACUGCAAGUAUUUAUAAAAUACUCCUUAACCCUGUAACAACAAGUGUAUCAUAUUUUAAAUGUGUGUUUUUGAAAAAAAAAAUUUUAGUGACAAACCUAAAUAAAUUGUACAAUACACACAAUUUUAAGUAAUAUAUUGGGAAAAAAAAACAAACCAUCCCUCCUCUGCACGUGUCCCAACCAUCUAAGCCUUGUCUAUGUAAUUUUGUCUCCAGAGCUGUCCCUCUGACACAAAACCACCUGAGGGGCGGAAAUUUCCUGUGAAAGCAGUUUGCUUUAUGGUUUCAGCUGGAUGUAAACAGCCUCCAGGGACAGUGAGUCAUUUGCUGGAAGGUAUUAACUAAUGCCAGCAUUCUGCCAAGCAAGUGAAAGCGGCAACUGAAAUCCAAUCUCUCCUUAAAAAAAACUUCACGUUCUAUAAGAGGGCACCGGAAACAAAGCAAUGAACAAAGAUGCGUUCAUCUGACAACCAAAAAUGCUAUAUAAUAUACAUAUUUUCUAUAGAUAUCAUUAAAGGUGUGCUUUUCAGCGUAAUUUGGAAGCAGUAAGCUUGAAAACCACUGACAUGCACGACACAGCAGUCGGCCGUCUCUGAUUGGUCGAAAAAAUCUGUUUGGAUCACGUGAUAUUGCCGGACGUAGACGUGAGUGGCGGUCCAACUGCUGCACCAUCAUCACCAUCUUUAUCCAUCCUUUGUGCUGUAUUCUCGUCUUAUUCGGCCUCAUUUACUUACAUGUUAAUCGUCACACCGUUGAGUUUCUACUGUUGUGAACGCACAGAGAAGGUAAAAGCUAGCCUCGUGUGCUAUUAGCCUAACGGUCGCAUCCUCUCCUCUCCAUCCGAUCAUCGCUGCUUUGCUGUCGCUAUGGGCUGCUCUUUGCUCCCUCUUUUCGUCGCUGUGUUGGCAGCCCGGUUUGUUGUCGCAGACCCGGAGGAACACGGUCCUGUCGACGGAGCUCCGCCUUCAAAGAUAGCUGUGGUUGGGGCAGGGAUAGGAGGCAGCGCCACUGCCCACUUCCUGCGGCAGCACUUUGGCCCAGAGGUCCAGGUGGACGUGUUUGAGAAGGGAGAGGUGGGAGGCCGUCUCGCCACCGUAACCGUCAAUCACAACGACUAUGAGUCUGGAGGCUCCAUUAUUCACUCACUCAACCUCCACAUGCAGGAGUUUGUCAAGCAGCUGGGUUUGAAGUAUCGUCGCAACGUGGCCGGAAAGAUGGCGGUAUUUAACGGCGAAGAGGUGAUUCUGGAGGAGACGGACUGGUACCUGCUCGACCUGUUCCGGCUGUGGUGGCGCUACGGUAUUAGCUUCAUACGUCUGCAGAUGUGGGUGGAGGAGAUUAUGGAGAAGUUUAUGAGGAUCUACAAAUACCAGGCCCACGGCUACGCCUUUAGCUCCGUAGAGGAACUGCUGGACUCUCUCGGGGGCAGCGGCUUCAUCAACAUGACCCGGAGGCCACUGUCCGAUUCGCUGCUGGAGCUGGGUGUGUCCCAACGCUUCAUUGAUGAGGUUAUCGCACCCGUGAUGAGGAUCAACUACGGACAGAAUGUCAGCAUCCCAGCCUUUGUAGGAGCUGUGUCUUUAGCUGGUGCCCAGAACAACCUGUGGGCGGUGGAAGGAGGCAACAAGCUGGUGUGUUCAGGCCUGCUGAAAAUGGCCAGUGCUAACCUGCUGGAGGCACAGGUCAACUCCAUCUCUCCCAUCCACUCAGGAGAGGGACUCCAGUACCAGCUGAGCUUCACCACGGCAACAGGGACGGCAUCAGAGCUGUAUGACAUUGUAGUGUUGGCGACGCCUCUACAGGCUAGCGUCGGGUCUGGAGUCCAGUUUCAAGGUUUCACGCCUCCGUUUGAUGAGCUGCCUGGCAGCUAUCACAGCACUGUAGCAACCAUCGUCCAUGGUUACCUCAACACUUCCUUCUUUGGGUUCCCGGACCCCCGUCUGUUCCCUUUCGCCAGCGUCUUGACGACCGACACACCUGAUCUGUUCUUUAACAGCGUGGCUAGUGUUUGUCCCGUCAACAUCUCAGCAGGGUUCCGGCGUAAGCAGCCGCAGGAGGCUGGAGUCUACAAGGUGUUCUCCCCACAGCUGCUGGAAAAGUCUCAGCUCAAAACGCUAUUCAGGUCGUACUACUCAGUGCAGGUGACGGAGUGGCAGGCCUACCCUCGCUACAGCAGCAGCCAGCGACUGCCACCUGUGGAGCUGCACCCCAAUCUCUACUACCUCAAUGGGAUUGAGUGGGCUGGUAGCGCCAUGGAGAUGAGCUCAGUGGCUGCCAAAAACAUCGCCCUGCUAGCCUACCACCGCUGGAAUAGACAGACAGACAUGGUGGACCAGAGAGAUCUGGUGCACAGGAUCAAAACCGAACUAUAACAAACGAAUGCUAAGACCCAGAUGAGUAAUGUGAUGUAUGUCUGAGUGUAUGGACUCACCCAUCCAAAUUAUAAACUUUUUGUGAUUUUGACCAGUGGCAAGAGAAUUUAGAUGUCCAUUUAUAUAAUAUAACCUUUCGUGAAUGCAUCGAAUUUAUUCAGUCAGUACAGUAAGUUGAACAUAACCCUGCUGCCUCCUAACUAAACGUAAACAUCAAAAACCAUAAGUCAUUAUAUUGGCACCAUUAUAGACUCUGGUCCUGCUCUGCUACUCAAAAGGCCUGUUUCACUUCACUGAUUCUCUGUGCCACAUAAAAGAGACAUGUUGCACUUUUGUUUGUGGAUUUAUUGCCGAUGCUAAUUGGCAGUUUCCAUCCAAAAAUGAUGCCGCAAGGACCUUUCCUUUGCCAAGAAAUAAGAAAACCAAGCAAAUAUGGAGAACACCAGCUGGCGUACUGUAUACUGUACGGACUGUUAGGAGGUGGUAGUGCUGUUAAUGAACACCAUUGAAUAUAAAUACCAGUUUAUGGUUUUGGUACUGCUCUUCUUAAACAAAUGUUUCUGUUUCCAAGCCAAGAAAGCGUUUAGAACAAUAAGCUGUUGUACAGUAUGUUACUGAUUUAACUUUGUCAUCUAAUCAAAACCACAGCACUGCUGCUGCUACUCUCUGUAAAUGUAGGGACUGUUAAUGGACUGGUUGUUGCCACCAAUGAGAUCUCAUUAAAGUAAUCUCAGUAGGAUUUCUGUAAAUUAAUAAUUAUUCACCAACCCAUGGUAGUGGCCACUGGUGCAGUGCUCUAUUGUCCCUUUCAUCAUUAUCUCCCCUUCCUGCUGCUUUUGUUGCAUAAUCCAGCAGAAUUUUUAUUUUUUUCUUCAGGGAAAUGAGCCAGCCGGCUUUCACAGUGGACUGAAUAAAAGCAGAGGACAGAUCCGUGCUGCUGCUGCUGCUGCUGCUGACCACAAAUGUUUCCAUUUCCUCGCAAGCAUUAAAAGCCUCAGUGGGAAAAAAGCUUUUCUGCUGAGGACUUUAAUCAUGUAAAGCACACACAUGAAAAUUUUGGGUUUCACUUUCAGAAUGGGGAAAAGGUUUUUACGAAGACACAAUGAGAAAUCACUGACAGCUGAUUAUCUUCAUGUGACUGAGUAGUCUUGUUUUCUGAAUUUCUAAUUUAUCUGCACUGGAUUUGGGCUGAAGUGGAUUUCUAGAAAACCUUGUGACUCCAAAGGGCUUCAGUUGAUGGAUAAUGUGAUUUCUGUUGUGUGUUGAAAAGUGGCUGAUGACACUGAUUUAAAACACUGUGAUGGCCUCAGAAUCAAUGUGGUGGAAACUGUGUAUUUUUAGCCUUUUUUUUUUUUAUUUCAAAUUUCAAAAAUUGCUUCUUUAGGCAGAACAGUACAAUUUGUAGCCCCAGUGCUUGUAUGUAAAUCUUCUAGCGAAUACACAUCUCAAUACUGUUCAGACUACUUGUCUGUGUCAGCUGUAAAGUUCUGAUCAUGAAAACAUGAUCAAAUUAAAGACGAAUGGGGUCUGAAAUUGGAAUUAUCUGGCAAACUCCUGUAUUUAUGGUCUAAAUGUUCCCGUCCCAAUUUGUGCACUCUGAAUAGUACAGUAGUACUUAAAUGACGGGGGGUGGGGUUCCUCUACAAGUAAAAAUUAGUAUAGUCAUAAAGAUGUAAUAAAGCUGUACUGUAAGAACAGAGUGAAAGUAGUAAUAAAUUGCCCCUUGGUAUUACUCAUUAUACUGUCAGGUCCAUAAGUAUUUGUAUAAUGACACAAUAUUUGCAUUUUUGUCUUUGCAUAGCACCACAGUGCUGAUUUUCAUCUUUAGUUGAGUGAGUUUAUCAAACGUGUUGCAUUAACUGUUUGGAAAUUACAGCAAUUUUUAUACAGAGUUCCCCAGAGGCUCAAAAGUAAUUGGACAAACAUAAUUUUAAAUACCAGAAUUGUUUUAAAUACUUUGAUGAAAAUCGUUUGCAGUCCAAUCCUCUGAAGUCCAGAACCCAUGGACAUGACCAGAUGCUGUGUUUCCUUCUUUUAGAUACUCUGUCAGGCCUUUACUGCAGCCGCCUUCAGCUGCUACUUGUUUUUGUGUCUGUGGCUUCAGGUUUGUCUUCAGUAAAUGAAAAGCAUUCUUUAAUAGAGGUCAGAUGUUGUAAAGAUUUUUUUAUUAACCAUUGGAGAUUAUUCUGUCAUAAUGCACUUUAGUUGUUUUCUGUGAUCUUUCAGGCCUUUUGAUGUUUCCGAGUUGGUCAGUGCAUUCCUUCUUUUUCGCAAUGUACCAGAUUGUUUAUUUAGCCACUCCUAAAGUUUUUCCCGUCUCUCUGUAUGUUUAUUUUGGUUUUCAGCCUAAUGAUGUCCACCCCCACAGGCAUCAAGUAUUUCUUCUUACCUGAUAUAGAGUUCCAGUGAAGAGCUAUCAAAUCAAAGGUCAGCUCCAGAUCUUUAAUCUGGCCAUCAAUGUGCUUGUCGCAUUAUUGUCCAAUUAAUUUUGAGCCUCGGAAAAUGAAGGACUGAAUAAAAAUGUCUGCAGUUCCUAAUCAGUUAACGAAAUGCUUGUUAUUGUCCAAAUACUUAACUAACUGUACAUGACCUUAUUGGUUUGUAUACAGCAUGUUAUUCUUGUAGCUGGCUGGUAAGGCAAUUUUACCUACUUGACAUCCAGCUGGGGAGUUCAGUCCAGUGAUUCCUGUCCUUGGGAUCAAGUCUUCCAUAUGAGAGAUCUAAGGGGCUAUUGAGGGGGCUUGACCACCUAAAGACUUGAUAACAAUAAUGAGCUGAGGGCUAUUUCUGUGCUAGAGGUCAGAUGCCUUAAUUCAUUCGGAACCAACAAGUUAAUGUUUAACAAAGUGUUUAAUUUCACAAAAUGUCAUACACUGAUUGUAAAAUAUUGUACUUGCCUAAAUGUAUUUCUUUUUGAAAUGUAAAAAUGAAGUGGCAUUAAUCAUAAUAAUGCAUUUUAGAGUAAUUCGCAUUUUUCUCUGACUGUUAAUAGAAUAAAAGUUAUUCUAUUGUAGUGA